AGUUAUUCUCUCCUACUCAAUGCCAGUUGGGCAAACAACCAAGAAUGGCAAAGUGCACUACAAAGACAUAUCUUAUAAUGGAGUAAUUACCAAUGGCUUUUACAAAGAUGGCACUGGAAUACUUACAGAUGGCAAGUUUGGUCCUGCUAACUCGAAAGAAUUUAAAGGCAAAGGAUGGGUGGGAUGGUUUUCCUUUCUUACUCAAUCACAAUAUAUCGACAUUUUAUUUGAGUUUUCUGGUAUGAGAAAGUUCACAAAUGUUAUACUAACUAUGAAUGUUGACAAGAAACGUGAUAAUGCUGUAUUUAAUCGAUCACAGAUAUUCUUCUCUUCAACCAAAACUAGUUUCUCCGACACAUCAUUUCUUCAGUACUGUCCAAGAGACCUUCAAGCCAAAGAUAAUCCAUACAAUGCAAAUGUAACUUUGUCACUUUGUGGAAAUACAGCAAGGUUUAUGAAGUUGCGGUUAUAUUUUGGUGGACAGUGGUUGCUAAUCUCUGAGAUCAGUUUUAAUUCAGGUAUUUUUAUUAUUUGUGUUUAUAAUUCUAUCGACAUUUUUUACCCAGUGAGUGGCAAUAAGAGUUCCAACUGCCAGAUGAUAUUACUUGUCAGAGAGAGUAUUCUGCAUUGGGCCAUUCCAUUUAAUAUGCGCACCCCCCCUAUUGAGGGUUGUGGAUAUCCAGGGGGUCCAAAGAACAAAAAUCCAUUAGGAGAAAGAAAUUUUUCAAGAUAUAUCCAUGGGUAAAUAUAAAAAAAUCCAAAUAAAAAUCCAAAUGGAAAUAAUUUAAACAAAAUAAAUCCAUGGUAGUAAAUUUAUUUAUUCAUGGCAGUAAAUUUAUCGGUGAAUUUAUUUGUGUAUUAAUUCUAUUUCAAAGAACAUAUGCAAAAUAUCCAUUGAACAAAUUUAACAAAAUCCAGAAAUCCAGGGGGAGAAAUUAUGUUUAACCCUCAAUAGGUUAACAAAGGUUUAGAAAAUCCACGGGAAAUGUUAAAAUGAGAAAUCCACAUACCCUAUUACUAAAGCAAUAUCCAGGGGGUAUUUUUUGUAAACCCUCAAUAGGGGGGGUGCGGUUAAUAAAUGGAAUGGCCCAUUAACCCUGGUUUCUAUUUAGUCGUAAUUGUUGUAAGCAUGCAUCAAGGAGACCAAUGUAAUUAGUGUCAAUAUACUGUAUCUCUACGGUCAGUAAAGACUGAUUUACAUAUAUGAACAAGCUUUCGUUAGUAGGGAUGCAACUAUAUUUUACCUAAAAAAUAUAAGGAGAAUUUCGACGUUUCGAGCAAAGGCCUUUCGUGUGGAGUUACAUACUAGAGCCUUCGCUCGAAACGUCGAAAUUCUCCUUGUAUUUUUCAGGUAGUUGCAUCCCAACCAACGAAAGCUUGUUAAUAUUAAUCAUUGGCACUACCGACACUGACACAGACAAUUCAUGAUUUAUACAUACAGCACACAACACAAGAUAAAAAAAUAGAUCGAGACUAUUUUAAAUGUAAAUGUAAUAGAGUGUAGAAUUAAUAUAUGACAAAUUAUUUUAUUCAUGGAGAAACCUUUAGUUUUUCAGUUUGAAUGUAAAAUAAAUGUUUUUUGUUUUUUGACAUUGCUAGUUCCUGUCAGUACUGAUGAAACAAUGAGGGAUUGUUCUGGAGAUACUGAAGCUGUUUGUACAGCGACUCAACUUUCCACAGAAAGUUUACAAACUACUCCAAUACCUGGAUGUGAACGUAAGUAUAGUCAUAUGUAUUGGUAACGGUGGUGGUGGUGAUGACAAUGGUAAUUAAUAUUACUUUGGCAAUGGUAAUAAUGGUGGACAUUUUACAUUCUUUAGAUUGCACCACUCUAAGUACUGGUACCAAUAUCAAAUCACCAGCAGAAAGUUCAUCUGGCUCAAACAAUCUUCCACUAAUCAUCAUCAUUGUCUGUGUAAUUCUAAUGAUUGUGAUUGUACUAUUGGUCGUAAUAUUUCUCCUGUACCGCAGACGAGCACUGUGCUUCGGUAAAAUGAAGCAGCGAAACAAAACAGUACGUGUUGAACUUCAGAAUGUAGAGGAUUCACAGGAUCCGGCUUAUGAUGCGAUUAACGAUAAUCUGGGUAACCCAGAGUAUUCCAAUGUUAGUGGAAAUCAUGAUGAUACACAGCACAUGUUGUUUCCUGUUAAGAAGAAAUCUGGCGAGUUUGUUCCACAAACUGGUAAGUAAUCAUAGAGUGAUCGAUGCUGUGAUUCUGAAUUACCUUAAAAAUAUGUACAGUGGGAAGUAUUGUACAAUAAGUUGUUGUGGUUUGUGUUUGAAUUAUUUUAAAAAAAUAUUAAAAACGUUUUAAAGUUUUGAAUGAAGAUCAUGACCAGAAAUUGAUGGCACAGUAGCGUAUGAUUUCUGUAAUAUGCUGUUGUUUGAUAAUUUCCCUUCAGUUACAUGUGAGAAGAAUGCCUCCAGUUUUAUCUCCAGGUACACCAGUUUUCUGUAGCAACGACACUGAAUGAAAAAAGGAUGAUCCUUAUUAGAUCUCCAGGAAGAAUAUUUUAGAACUUUUAUACAGCUAUCCAGUUUAAAUAAAGUUAGUUUAGUUUGGGUUUCCUUCUGUAGCAACGCUGAACAAAUAUAGAUGGAUGACAAAUACUCAACCUCUAGGGAGAAAAGUUUGGAAUGCAUAAAGCUAUGUAGUAUUAUUUAGGUCAGUUUAUAGGUUUACUCCUGCGAAAUAAGCAUAGAGCAAUAAGAGACAACCCUAGCUGGACUUUAGAACCGAUGGAACUAUCCAGUGUAUAAAUAAAGUUAGUUUAACCUCUCAAACCUCCCAAAAUAAAUCUGUUUGCCUGUAUAUAGCUGAUAUGCAAAAUGAAACGGCACCAGAGCCAGAGGCAUCACAAAAUAAUCAGG